AUGUCGUUGAUGCCCAAGAUUGACGAAAUUGCUCAUACUAUUAACAUUAUUGAACCAGAUAUUGGUAUUUUCACAGAAACCUGGCUAAGUGAAUCUGUACCGGACGACCCAAUUAAUAUAAAUGGAUACCAACUCUACAGACGAGAUCGUGUAAAUAGGCUCCACGGGGGCGUGUGUAUAUACGUCAAAACUUCUAUUAAAUGUAAAGUUCUUUCAGAGCUUUACAAUGUCGAUCACGAAGUUCUCUGGAUGGACCUUACACCAAAGCGUCUUCCACGCGGUUUUUCAAAUGUUAUAGUUGGUGUGGUUUAUCACCCCCCUGAUGCCCAUGAUGCUACAAUGAAAGAAUAUAUCAUUUCAUCACUAGAAACAGUUGAAUCAAAAUAUCCGAAUUGCGCAAUAAUACUAGCAGGCGACUUCAAUAAAUCUCUCUUGCCCAUACUUCGAACAACUGUUAAAACCUUUCAGCUCAAACCCAUGAUCAACUUUCCAACUAGGGGUGCAAAUACUUUGGACCAGAUUUUUACCAGCGUAUCCGAGUACUAUUCUACAUCUAGCAGCUUACACCCUUUUGGUCAGUCAGAUCAUGUGACGGUACAUAUGACUGCUAAGAUCCGAGAUAAACAAACCAAACCGAAGCGCAAGAUUAUCCAAACAAGAGAUAAACGACCUCGCAAAAAAGCAAGUGUUGGCCGAUUUUUACUUCAAAUACCUUGGUCUACUCUGCUCUCGUCUUAUCAAUCAAGUGAAGAGAAAUUACAAAUCCUGACAGAAAUUGUCAAUUAUGGGUUAAACAUAAUUAUGCCCGAAGGAUUUGUUGGAAUUCACGAAACUGAUCGGCCCUGGUUGACAAAUCGACUGAAGGAUCUUAUCGCGCGUAGACAAAAGGCCUUUAGUUCCAGAAACGAACCUCUAUUCAGAAUUCUGAGAAAUAAAGUUAACCGUGAGCGGAAACGCUGUCGCAAAGUGUAUUACGAAAACAAGGUAAAAGAUCUGCGCGAUUCUAAACCCUGUGACUGGUGGCGAGAUGUUAAACAGCUCUGUGGAACUGCCAAGUCGACUAAGAAGGACAUAAAAUCGCGUUUAUAUCCUGACCUUAUAUGCGAAGAGGCGGUUCUGGCUGAGAAUAUUAACGAAACAUUUAUUAACGUGAAAGAUUAUGAACCUUUGACAGAUAACGAACAAGUGUUAAUCGAAAACGACGAGCCAAUAUUCGUCACCGAACUAACUGUAGCAAAAAAACUUCAAACGGUUAAUAUCUACCGUGCUGGUGGUCCUGACGAUCUACCUAACUGGGUACUUAGAGAAUUUGCUGAUAUUUUGGCAGAACCAGUUGCAGAUAUCCUUAACACCUCCUUCUCCGAAUGUCGAGUUCCUCGAGUGUGGAAACUCGCUGAUAUUAUACCGUUACCCAAAGCUCCUACCAUCAACAACUACAAUAAAGAUCUAAGGCCGAUCUCGCUAACAUCAACCGUGUCCAAAAUUGCCGAAGGUUUUGUAAUCGAAAGAUCUCUGAAGCCCGUAGUAUUGUCUUCUCUUGAUCCAUGUCAGUAUGGUUUUAUACCAGGCUCUUCAACAACCUUUGCGCUAAUUUCCAUGUUUCAUCACUGGCUUCGCUCUACACAUGGUACCGGUACAACUAUAAGAGCUGCACCUCUAUAG